AUGGUUUCCCUCUCGGUGCGCCAGUCUCUGGCCAUUCUUCUCACUCUUGCUUCCGACACUCUCGCCAAGGACUGGCUUAGCCCAGAGUACACCUGGCUUUACGAGUUCCCUCUCCCCAUCCCUCCUCAGAAGCAGGAAAAGUUCGCCGAAAACCCAAUCAUCAACCCAGUCACGGGGAAGAAGAUGAGGUACUACGAGAUUGAGAUCAAGCCGCUCACUCAGCAAGUGUACCCCAACCUGGGAAAUGCUACCCUGUACGGCUACGAUGGUGUCUCGCCUGGUCCCACCUUCAUGAUGGAGCGUGGCGAAGAAGCUGUCGUUCGCUACACCAAUCACCACCCGACCAGGGCCAACUCGGUCCAUCUUCACGGCUCUUACUCGCGCACUCCUUGGGAUGGUUGGGCCGAAGACAUUACCCAGCCGGGAGAGUACAAGGAUUACUACUACCCCAACAGCCAGGCUGCUCGAACUCUUUGGUACCACGACCACGCGAUUGACCACACUGCUGAGAAUGCCUACUUCGGUCAGGCUGGAGCUUACCUUCUCCACGACCCCGCUGAAGACAAGCUCGGUCUGCCCAGCGGAUACGGUAUCUACGACAUCCCUCUGAUCUUGGCUGCGAAGCAAUACAACGAUGACGGCUCCCUGUUCUCCCCUGCCAACGAGACGACCUCACUCUACGGCGAUGUUAUUCACGUCAACGGACAGCCGUGGCCUUACCUCAACGUCGAGCCUCGCAAGUACCGCUUCCGCCUGCUUGAUGCUGCCAUCUCCCGCACAUUCAAGCUUUACAUCGAGGACAGCAAAGGCGAGCGGGGCAACUUUUCAGUCAUUGCUUCCGAUGCCGGUCUUCUGACCCAGCCCCAGAACGUUCAGGAGCUGUACAUUGCCAUGGCCGAGCGCUACGAGAUCGUUAUCGACUUCUCCCAGUACAAGGGUCAGAAUGUUACCAUGCGCAACACCCGCGGCUUCGCUGCCGACAGCGAUUUCCUGCACACUGACAAGGUCAUGCGCUUCGUCGUGAGCGACAAGUCUGUCGAUGACAAGUCCAAACUCCCGACCGAUCUCCGCGACGUUCCGUUCCCCAAGGACAAGACCGGCGUCGACCAGCACUUCCGCUUCGAGCGCCAGGGAGGCGACUGGCGCAUCAACGGCGUCACCUUCGCCGACGUGAACAACCGCGUUCUCGCCCGUCCCAAGCGCGGCACCAUCGAGGUCUGGGAGCUCGAGAACGGCUCCGAUGGUUGGUCUCACCCCAUCCACAUCCACCUCAUCGACUUCCGCGUCAUCAAGCGCGUCAACGGUCGCGGCGCCGUCAUGCCCUACGAGUUCAACGGCCUCAAGGACGUCGUCUGGCUCGGCCCGGGCGAGACGGUGACCGUCGAGGCCCACUACGCCCCCUGGCCCGGCGUGUACAUGUUCCACUGCCACAACCUCAUCCACGAGGACCACGAGAUGAUGGCCGCCUUCAACGUCUCCGUCCUCGAGGACCUCGGCUACACCGAGAAGCAGUUCGUCGACCCCAUGGAGGGCGAGUGGCAGGCCAAGAAGGAGAACGCCGCCGCGUACUCGUACGACUCCGUCAAGUCUCGCAUGCAGUUCAUGGCCAACUACCAGCCCUACAACAACAUCGACGAGGUCGAGAGCCGGCUGGACGCCUACUGGGCCACCAAGACGCAGUCUCCCGCUGCCGCCGCCACUGCCGCUAGCUCGACCCUGGUCGUCAGCACCAAGACUGCUUCGUCGACGUCCUCGACCAUCACGACCAGUGCAGCGACCACCAAGGUCGCCGAUGAUAAGGGCGGCAGUGGCAAGAAGACCACGACAUCUACCUUCACGACAGCCACCAGCAAGGCCAAGGGUAAUGGUCUUCGCUUCCGCAAUGUCAAUGUUCCGAUACCCAAGCGCACUGCCGAGCCUCGGUCCAGUCACAAGCACUCCUCGUCAGAGUCCAAGAAACAUCUGGCCAAGCGGCGGUCCAAGAAGCACGGAUCUGAGCCUUCGUCAAACGAAGGCAGCGCGUAUCGCGUCGCGUACCAGGAAGCCGACGGCGAUGCCAUUGCCGCUCAACACCAAGCCAGAAUCACGAAACAGCUGGCCGGCUUCAACAAGAAAUUCAGUGGCAGCUCCUGA